CCGACGUCCUGUUGGUAGUUAGCCGCCGCCGCUGCUCUCGGGAGUUUUUUUUUUCUUCACGGCUAUGAUUGACAGAGGCAGCAGAGGUUUACACGGGCAUGUCCGCACACUUGCUCGUUUGUUAUCGUAACAGAAAGACGUGCAGCAUGGCGACUGAAGCCGGAGCCCAGAGCUGUCGCCAGAGGAGGAGACGGAGAGCUGCCUGCGUGGGGCUCCUGAGGAUCUUAUUUAUUGCUUUUAUUCACACGACGCGGGCGAAUAAACAAGCAUUCAUUCAGUCAGACACAAUACUAGAGGUUCUACAUUUUGGCGAGGGCAGCCUUUUACAGGGAGAGUCUGACAUCGAUUUUAGUUUAUAUCAUCAACAAAGCACGUCCACACACCGUGGGAACUGUCGACCUAUACGAUUUGAACCUCCAAUGUUGGAUUUUCACGAACAGCCCGUUGGAAUGCCAAAAAUGGAAAAAGUUUAUUUACAUAACCCUAGCUCAGAAGAAAUUAGUUUGAUAUCAAUAUCAGCAACAACAGCACAUUUUCACGCAUCCUUUUUCCAGAAUAGGAUAAUACCACCAGGAGGGAACACAUCAUUUGAUGUGGUAUUUCUUGCUCGAGUAGUUGGGAAUGUAGAAAAUACAUUAUUUAUUAAUACAUCACAUCAUGGAGUGUUUACAUACCAGGUUUUCGGGGUUGGUAUACCAAACCCCUACAGACUGCGACCCUUCAUUGGGGCCCGAGUCCCAGUAAACAGCAGCUUCUCACCUCUUAUAAACAUCCACAACCCAUACAGUGAACCACUGCAGGUGGUUGAGAUGUACUCCAGUGGUGGGGAUUUGCAUCUAGAGCUUCCCACAGGCCAACAAGGAGGCACUAUAAAAUUAUGGGAGAUUCCCCCAUUUGAGACAAAAGGGGUGAUGAGAGCCAGCUUCUCGUCCAGAGAUGUGGACAACCACACGGCUUUCAUCAGAAUCAAAACCAAUGCUCCCAAUGAGGACCAGUUCAUCAUUCUCCCCGUAGAGGUGGAGGUCACAUCAGCCCCUGGUAUAUACUCCUCCACAGAGAUGCUCGACUUUGGUACACUCAGAUCACAAGAUCGUCCAAAGCUGCUGAAUCUACACCUUUUAAAUUCAGGAACAAAAGAUGUUCCCAUUACGAGUGUACGUACAACACCGUCAAACGAAGCCGUCACAAUAGACUUCAAAGCAGUUACACUCAAAGCUGGAGAGAACAGAUAUACCAAAGUCGCAAGUAUUAGUUUUGAUGCCUCAAAAGCCAGAAGACCAUAUCAGUUAUCUGGAAAAAUAACCGUUAAAGCAAAAGAGAAGAGUUAUUCCAAGCUUGAAAUCCCAUACCAAGCAGAGGUUUUAGACGGCUACCUGGGCUUUGACCACACAGCCACAUUGUUCCACAUCAGGGACAGCCCCGUGGACCCAGUGGACAGACCCAUCUUCCUCACGAAUGCCUUCAGCUUCGCAAUCCGGAUACACAAUGUGUCCCUCCCUGAAGAGGCCAAAACAAUGUUUAAUGUGCAGAACUUCAGCACACCCAUCCUCAUCCCCCCACACGAGUCGCGUUACAUUUUCUCCCUCCUCUUCCGACCAGUUCGACCAUCAAUCCACAUAGACAGCAACAUCCUGCUCAUCACAAACGCAUCAAAGUUUCACCUGCCUGUUCGGGCUUACACCGGCUUCUUGGAGCCUCUGGUUCUGCCUCCCAGUCUGAAGGAGAACCUGCUGGACUUUGGUGUCCGCAGUGCAACAGACACCAGCAGCAUCAUAUUUGUAGUGGUCAACAGUAACCCCAUAGAGCUGGAGAUUAAGUCCUGGUUGGUCACAGGAGACAGUCUCUCCAUGGAGCUGCUGAAGACCGAAAAAGGAAACACAACGGUGGCCCAGGGUCACCUGGAAGAGCUGCAGAACACCUCAGCCUCCCAUCAUAAAACGGUUAUAUUAGCAUCCGGAUAUUACGCAGCAUUCAGAGUGACACUAGUGGCCAAAGCUCUGGAGGGCACAUAUGACGGGGCUGUACACCUCACCACAGAUUAUGAGAUAUUAACCAUUCCGGUGAAAGCUGUCAUCGCAGUGGGCACAUUAAACAGCUCUCCCAAACACAUCAUUUUGCCACCUUCAUUUCCGGGGAAGGUAGUUCACCAAAGCUUUAGCAUACAGAGCUCCUUCACACAGAAAGUGAGACUGCAGCAGAUCCGCUCCCUGACAGAAGACAUCCGAUUUUAUUACAAACGUCUCCGCAACAGCAAAGACGAGCUGGAGCCCAGACGGAAGUCUAAGGUGGCAAACAUUUAUUUUGACGCCGGCUUGCAGUGUGGUGAUCACUGUUAUGUGGGCCUGCCAUUUGUGCUUAAAUCUGAGGCUAAACCUCAUGGGCUGGCGUUACAGGAGGAUAUCUGGGACGCCGAUGUCGAUCUUCACCAGAAGCUCCUCAGACGAUGGAAAGAGCUCAAGGAGCGCUCUGUGCACAAGAUCGAAGCUGUCUUUGAAGUUAACACAGAUCUCCAGAAAAACGUGCAGGCUAAAAUAACCGCACACCUGACGUGGCCUUCGCUGGUCAACUCUUCACAGAGAAUCACGUUCCCCCUGACCAACACCAACAGCUCCUCUGACGAGGAGGUGAUUUUGCAAAACCCUGCAGAUGUCCCUGUUUAUGUCCAAGUACUCCCCUUGGCGCUUCUACCCAACCCCUCUGUGUUUUCUGGAAAACUGGCCGACAGGUUUCCUUUAGGAAACUUAUCCAACAUCAAUAUAAACACAAACACCUUCGAGUUCCAGGUUCACAGAAAUCAAACAUCGCUAAUGAGGAGCAGUACAGGCUUUGUAGAAGGCUCAACCAGGCCCUUUGUGUACAACCUCCUCCUGCUGCCUGGAGAAGUCAAGUCUUUCAACAUAAGAUUUACUCCCAUUGGAAACCACAGUGUCUCCUCCCUCCUCAUAGUCAGAAACAACCUGACGGUGAUCGACACGAUCAUACUUCACGGACGAGGCACGACAGAGAGCCUGAAGGUCGCAGGGAAGCUUCCAGGACAAGGCAGCUCCCUGAGGUUUAAAAUGACUGAAGCUCUGCUGAAAGACUGCACAGAGAAAACAAAAGUGAAAGAGCCAAACUUCACUCUGAAAAAGACGUUCAGAGUGGAGAACACGGGUUUGCUCCCGAUCACCAUCAAAUCGGCAGAAAUCAAUGGACAAGCCUGCGAAGGAUUCGGAUUCAAAGUUCUCAACUGUCAAGAAUUUGCACUCAAGCCAAAUGCUUCGAAAGACCUCGUCAUACUGUUUACACCCGAUUUCACUUCCUCUCGAGUGAUCCGGGAGCUGAAGCUGGUGUCGUGCGGCGGCUCAGAAUUUGUGUUUGUCCUCAAUGCCUCGUUGCCCUAUCACAUGUUAGCCACAUGUGCAGAGACCCUGCCUAGGCCCACCUGGGAGCUCCAGCUCUACAUCAUUGUGUCUGUCAUUAUGAGUUCCAUGUUUCUGAUAGUGAUCACCACGGCCUACCUGGAGGCUCAGAGCAUAUGGGAGCCCUUCAAGAGGCGCGUGUCUGUGGAAUCCAACUCCACCUUGGAGACGGGGAGACCCUUCAAUCUCAGGGACAUUGUGCAAAUUCACACUGAUUCAAACGACCCACCACAGAACUCCAGAGGUUUAUACGCAUCCACCAACGGGGCAGCUCGGGGAGGCCGACAAAACAGCAGCCGUCCCUCGCCAGACUCCGACAGCCAGGGUAACAGGUCCAGGAUCAGCUUCACCCGCCCACCUAUGCAACCUCCUUCCUCCCAGCUCACCAAAGGAAGUUCAGCCUCGGGCAACGAAGGCCCUCCUGCUCCCUGCCAGGUAACCAACCGCAAAGUUCGCAGCACCAAACAGCCUGACCUCCAGAGUCCAAGCUUAGGCGGCCCGUCGCUGCCUCACAGAGGCAUCUGCCCCGACGAAGCAGAGUUCGCCAACCUCAUUGGAGCCAUGGACAACGACCUCGACCGUCCAGAGCCGCUCGGUCCCGAAACUCUUCAGGAGCAGAGUUCUCAGUCCAUACCAAGCAAAGUGUUGGAAUCCAAAGGGAAGCUGCGCGCUAAAGCAAAAGCCCAGAGGAAGAAGGAAGAGAAGGAGAAAAAGUCAACAGUGAAGACUCAGGGAGACGAGCUCAAAGAUCUCGCCGACAACGACGACAGCUCCUCCACGACUACAGAGACCUCCAAUCCAGAUGUGGAGACCAACAUUAAAGAGGAACCAGUAAAAAAGAAAGGAAGGACAAUAACCCUGGAAACGGCAAAAGAAGAAACAUCAAAUUUUCUGAUUAAACCCAAAACGAAGAAACAAGGAACCACAAAGAAGGAGAACCAAGCAGAAAAAUCCAGUUCUCUCGAGCUGCCCUACGUAACACCGCUGGAGACCAAGCAGCGGAAGAACUUCCCCUCCAAAUCUCUCCAUCCUCUCACCAGCAUCGCAAAGACGAGACCUCUACAGAAACCUAGAUUAGACGGAAAGCUGGAGGACGGGCGGCCUUCCUUUUUCCCCAAAGCGUCAGAGCUGGGACACAGCAGCAGCUCUGAAGGAGAGAAGGAGUGCGCUUCACCCGAGUGGGACGUCCCUCUUUCCAAAAACAGCAUCCCAGCUGACAGUCUUCAGCAGAUCUCCCUGCAGACAAUAAAUGCAGAUCCUUUCCUGAAGCGAUCGGCCACAGCUGGGACCUGCUCCCCUCCACCCACCUCCCCCAGUUUGCUGUCUCGAGGAACCUACAGCAGUGUGGUCAGCAGCAACAGUGAGAUAAACCAGAAGAAAGCCCCAGGAAAUAAACUGCCUGCAGCCCUCCCGCAGCCGGGCAAAAACGGGAAUCUCACCUUUGCUGACGCUGUAACUAAAGGUUAUGACAAAAGCCCAGGUGGCUCUGGCGCAGGUAAAACUGACAGCCAAGGCAAGAGUCUGGAGCACAUGAGAUCCUUUGAAAGCGACAGCUCAGACAGCUCUGGACUGUGGAGUCCAAUCGACACGACCAGCAGUCCAAACUACCAGUCAGCCAACUCUUUCUCCGCUUUUGGCUCCAACAACCACUUCAACCUGACGGGAGUGUUCAGUGGAAUGAGUCUCCAAAAGCCAUCUGAGCCUCAGCAGAGCUGGCCAGAGUUCACUACCGCUGUCCCCUCCUCCAUCUGGGACAUACCGAGCCCCACUGAUCCCCUGCACUCCUGGACCAGCACCCCCAGCUCUACGCCUGCCUCAACCACAUCACUCCUGGGAAACGGCCGCAACCCGUGGUCUACGACCACACCCUUCGGCAGCUCCAUUUGGUCAACGAGUGCAGAGCCAGCCUUAAACCCUUUCCCUCCAACCACCACCUCGACACCUCUGACCGAUCUCGUCAGCAGCUCCGCCCCAUCGCCACCGCCAGCCGUGGUGGCUUCCACCGAGAUGAGUCGGACCUACAACCCCUGGAGCAUGUGGGGCCCCACCCUGAGCAGGCGCAGCUCUGAGCCGUGGCCCAGCUCCUCCAACAACACCAACUAAGAAGGCCACGCCGUAGCACUUAAGUCUCUGUACUCAGAAAGCAAAUUCUCCUGUAAUCAGAUUCCUAACAGGAAGCAGCCUGGAGCGAUCACCAGCCCAGCGCUGCGUAUAGGUCUCUGCAGCUUUUUAUUCCCGGGGGGUGGGGGUGGGGAGGGAUGCUCACUUUUAUUUGGAUUUCUUUUAACAGGUUUCCCUAAAGUUAAGAGGCUGAUAGCAUGGUGAAGGCUGCGUUUGUCCUUAAAAAGUGACACUUGGAGCAAAAUCUCUAAAGUUCAGUAUUAAUGUUGGAACAGACGUCUAUUUGAAGCCAUAAGUCCCGCUUUCACCAUCACUUUGAUUCCUAUUGGUGGCUUUGAGGUCUGUCAUUGCACCAGGCUUUUAUUUGGCUGCAGGGAUCUUGAAUAAAUCCAGAGUUGUUCUUCAUGAAACAGCCCCCAAAAAAGCUUCAAGAAAAUUCAUGUCCCCCCUACUUUUGUUUUCUUCAAAGUCUUCUGUGGGAAUAAAUUGGUCAGGUGAUCAAAAAAAUAUUUAAGUUUGAGGUUUGUAUUGUACAUCACCUCGAUUUGUCAGCAAAAUUAAAUAAAGGAUUUC